AUGCUCUUCCACUCCUCAAUAACGACGUUGCGGAGCGGUCUUUUCUUUCUUUCUUUCUUUCUUUCUUUCUUUCUUUCUUUUCCCUUUCAUUCUUUGUUUAAGGGCUUGGUGACAGUUGAAACUGAUUUCUUUCUCCUUCUCCUUCAUCUCGGCGUGGCAUCCUUCGAGAUAUUUUCUUCCUCUCUUUCUUUUUCCCAUAACUGUCUUCUGUCUCGCUUUCACCUCGAUGCCGCGGCAUUCCGCAUAUGUCGUCAAACGAGUCCAUCUGUUCCACUCGGAGAUGAAUUAUUUUCUUCCCGUAAUUUCGCGAACACGUCUUUUCAGCCUUUGGGCCUGGACACAACUCUUGUAUAUUUCGCAAACUCGUCUUUUCGGCACUUAGACCUGGACAUGUUUUGCGAGCACGUCUUUUCAGCCCUUAGACCUGGACAAAUUUCACGAUCACGUCUUUUCAGCCCUUACACCUGGACAAGUUUUGCGAACACGUCUUUUCAGCCCUUAGACCUGGACAAAUUUCGGGAUCACGUCUUUUCGGCCCUUAGACCUGGACAAGUUUUGCGAUCACGUCUUUUCGGCCCUUACACCUGGACAAGUUUUGCGAACACGUCUUUUUUCAGCACUUAG